AUGACGAGGAAGACUACCACUAGAUGCGCCUCGCGCUCACCAUCUUCGUGCCGGACCACGCGGGGCUCGUCGACACGGACUCCGUCUAGAUCCGCGCGGCCGAGCUCAUCAGCGUCGGCGCCCACGGAGGACACGACGGCGGGUAUAGGAGCGACUGACGAGGUUGCAUCGUCACAGCCCCCGAAGCUGCCAAGUUGCAGGCACUGGAGCUGGGCAUCGACACCUCUGUCAUCUCUUCCUGUUGCCGCUGAGGUGGAGUGGCUAAAUCACAACAUACAGCAGCGCAUUGCAGCGCCCAACCCCAAUUCUGAACUUCGCAAGGCCAAGCCGAAGAGAACUCAUGAAGCGAUAGCUACUUCAUUAGAAAGGUGA